AUGAAUGAACUGGAAGACCCAUCGGUUGUUUCCCUUGAAUCAUUUAGUCUAUUUCCUUCUAAAGUUACAAAGAGUGAUUAUGAAUUUGGGAAGACAUUAGGGGCUGGUUCCUUUGGAGUUGUUAGAGAGGCCACGAAAAAGUCGAACAACGAGGAAGUCGCCAUAAAGAUCCUGCUGAAGAAAGCCCUGGAGGGUAAUCAAGUCCAACUGCAAAUGUUGUAUGAUGAACUAACAAUUUUGAAGAAACUGCAUCAUCCCAAUAUAGUAGAAUUUAAAAACUGGUUUGAAACUGACGAUAAAAUUUACAUCGUUACUCAGUUAGCCACAGGAGGUGAAUUGUUUGAUAGAAUUAUCAAAAAGGGGAGAUUCUCGGAGGAUGAUGCUGUAAAGAUAUUGAUACAGAUUCUGAGUGCCGUGGAAUAUAUUCAUAGCCGGGAUAUAGUUCAUAGGGAUUUGAAACCAGAAAAUCUGCUAUACCUUACUGAAAAGGAAGAUUCAGAAUUAGUAAUUGCUGAUUUUGGGAUUGCAAAGGAAUUAAAAAAAGGGGAACAGUUAAUAUUUAAAGCCGCUGGUUCAUUAGGGUACGUGGCACCGGAAGUACUAACGGUAGAUGGGCAUGGGAAACCAUGCGACAUAUGGUCCAUUGGUGUCAUCACAUAUACUCUACUAUCUGGUUAUGCAGCCUUCGUGGCGGAGACAGUGGAAGGUUUUCUCGAUGAAUGUACUUCUGGUGAUUAUCCCGUUAAGUUUCACAAACCAUAUUGGGAUAAUAUUUCAGAUGAUGCCAAAAAUUUUAUAUUGAAGGCAUUAGAUUUGAAUCCUCAAAAGAGACCCACAGCUACAGAAUUAUUGGAUGAUCCAUGGAUUACAAGUAAGGUAUGUAGAAACGCUGAUUUACUCCCUAGCUUCAAAGAACGGUUUGAUGCACGCAAGAAAUUCCGUGACGCAGUGGAGAUUGUUAAAUUAAACAACAGAAUACGGAAACUAAGACAACUUUAUUGUCUUGGAAGUGAAAGUGAUUCCGAUUUGAGAUCGAACUCCGCUGUUAAUAUAUCCAAUGAUACAUUGGAAGCUGACUUGGAUGAAAAACUAAAAUUAUGUGCCAUCAGCAACCAAGAUCGUACCUUGACAGAACAAGAGAAAUUGAAGAAGUCUGUCCUAACCCAGAACGCAUUUGCACAGAUUGUGAAGGCAGCAACAAAAAAUAAACAAAAAAUUUAUGACUAUCGAACAUCACAUCCAGCAACGCCUGUUGAUAAUUCUAAAGAGAAUGUUAUUGAUUAA